ACUCCAAACGAUCCCUCGGUCCUGUCCAAAACGUGCAUCAAAGGCAACGGACGGUUGGGAGCUAUAAUACCAUACUGCAAAGAUUCUCUUAUUUUUCCUUCCCCUCGCCGCCGGCUCCGAUAACACGCAUUGAGUCGGCAGCUUCUAUAUAAUUUUUGCUUCCACUUGCCUGUACUUGUACUGGGAGUUCACUGCCGAACAGGAAAAGCUUUCUAGGGCUUUAGAGAAGUACUUCUCCAUCUGCUUCACCAUGGUUGAUGCUUCUGCUGCACUUGCUGUGAGGCAGAAAGUUCAACAGUUUCUGAACGCUGCUCGUACUGGGAAUCUAGACCUCUUCAAGAACUUAGCGGCGCAGCUCGAUGAUGGGAAGGGACCGUCGAAGACUGUGGCAGAUGUUAAGGACGCGAACAAACGCGGGGCGCUUCAUUUUGCAGCAAGAGAGGGCCGGACUGAGGUGUGCGAAUAUUUGGUGGGGGAAUUGAAGCUUGAUGUCGAUAUGAAAGACGAAGAUGGUGAAAGCCCUCUUGUUCAUGCUGCUCGGCAAGGACAUACUGCCACUGCCAAAUAUCUUCUUGAAUGUGGUGCCAAUCCUGCCAUACCUAGUGAAUUGGGGGCCACAGCUCUGCAUCAUGCUGCUGGAAUAGGAGACAUUGAGUUGAUGAGGUUCUUACUUUCCAGAGGGGUUGAUGUUGAUUCGCAAAGCGAUGCUGGUACUCCUCUGAUUUGGGCUGCUGGUCAUGGCCAGCAAGAUGCUGUUGAAGUUUUGUUAGAACACCAUGCUGAUCCUAAUGCUGAUACAGAGGAUAAUAUUACUCCAUUGCUGUCCACUGUAGCAGCCGGUUCCUUGGCGUGCUUAGAGCUAUUGAUUCAGGCAGGUGCUAAUGUGAAUAUUACUGCAGGUGGGGCAACACCUUUGCACAUUGCUGCUGAUAAUGGGAGCCCAGAUAUUAUAAAUUGCCUAUUAAAAGCUGGAGCAGAUCCCAAUGCCCCUGAUGAGGAUGGCCAGAAACCGAUUCAGGUCGCUGCCGCAAGAGGCAAUCAUAGAGCUGUUGAAAUUCUUUUCCCUUUGACAUCAGCAGUUCAAACAAUUGCAGAGUGGACCAUUGAUGGAAUAAUUGAAUAUAUGCAGUCUGAAACUGGGAAACAACAGGAAGAAACUAGAAAUCUGAAGGAAGGGGAUAUUGGCAUACCAAAGCAAGAUAUCUGUAAGGUGACACCUGAAGCAAAGAAGAAAGCUGCGGAAGCAAAGUCAAGAGGAGAUGAUGCUUUCAAAAGGAAGGAUUAUCAUUUGGCUGUGGAUGCGUACACACAGGCAAUUGAUUUUGAUCCCACUGAUGCUACUUUGCUCUCCAAUAGAAGUCUUUGUUGGGUCCGUCUGGGACAGGCUGACCAUGCCCUAGCUGAUGCAAAAGAGUGCAGAGCACUAAGACCGGAUUGGUCAAAGGGCUGCUACCGGGAAGGUGCAGCACUACGUUUACUGCAGCGGUUUGAGGAAGCAGCCAAUUCUUUUUAUGAGGGUGUGAAGCUUGACCCUGAAAAUAAGGAGCUCGUAAAUGCUUUCAGGGAAGCUGUUGAAGCUGGAAGGAAGUUUCAUGGAACAGACAAGUAAAUUGCGUAGUGCUGCUUUAGAGAUUUACGAGUGGGUGAUGCAGUGGUAACCCUGACAGGUGCAUGUCGUGAAGGCUUUCCAUUUUUAGUUGUUAUUAGAGAUGUAUUUUAUUAUCAUUGUUGUCUUUACUUGAACCCUGCAAAAAUAUUUCUGAGGUAUGUACAUAACGGCUAUAUUUAGAUGAAAUUUGAGGAAUUGAUGAAA